GAACUGACUCAAAUUUCAGGAAGUAGCUGUGAGGAUGGGGUGGUAGGAAAUGACGAAAACCUGAAUACGGAACUGAAGCAGCAGCUCAGUUUCUCACUCCGAAGUGGCAGCAGCCAGAGAGGGAGUCGGUGUGGACGCGAGGAGCCAGGCGCUUAGAACAGAGGCUCGUACAGGUGGAGAUGUGGAAGUCUGUAGUGGGCCAUGAUGUGUCUGUUUCCGUGGAGACCCAGGGUGAUGAUUGGGACACAGAUCCUGACUUUGUGAAUGACAUCUCUGAAAAGGAGCAACGAUGGGGAGCCAAGACCAUCGAGGGCUCUGGACGCACAGAACACAUCAACAUCCACCAGCUGAGGAACAAAGUAUCAGAGGAGCAUGAUGUUCUCAAGAAGAAAGAGAUGGAGUCAGGGCCCAAAGCAUCCCAUGGCUAUGGAGGUCGGUUUGGAGUAGAAAGAGACCGAAUGGACAAGAGUGCAGUGGGCCAUGAGUAUGUUGCCGAGGUGGAGAAGCACUCUUCUCAGACGGAUGCUGCCAAAGGCUUUGGGGGCAAGUACGGAGUUGAGAGGGACAGGGCAGACAAGUCAGCAGUCGGCUUUGAUUAUAAAGGAGAAGUGGAGAAGCACACAUCUCAGAAAGAUUACUCUCGUGGCUUUGGUGGCCGGUACGGGGUGGAAAAGGAUAAACGGGACAAAGCAGCUCUGGGAUAUGACUACAAGGGAGAGACGGAGAAACACGAGUCCCAGCGAGAUUAUGCCAAGGGCUUUGGUGGCCAGUAUGGAAUCCAGAAGGACCGAGUGGAUAAGAGUGCUGUCGGCUUCAAUGAAAUGGAGGCCCCGACCACAGCUUAUAAGAAGACAACGCCCAUAGAAGCCGCUUCUAGUGGUGCCCGUGGGCUGAAGGCGAAAUUUGAGUCCAUGGCUGAGGAGAAGAGGAAGCGAGAGGAAGAGGAGAAGGCACAGCAGGUGGCCAGGAGGCAACAGGAGCGAAAGGCUGUGACAAAGAUGAGCCCUGAGGCUCCACAGCCAGUGAUAGCUAUGGAAGAGCCAGCAGUACCGGCCCCACUGCCCAAGAAAAUCUCCUCAGAGGCCUGGCCUCCAGCUGGGACUCCUCCGUCAUCAGAGUCUGAGCCUGUGAGAACCAGCAGGGAACACCCAGUGCCCUUGCUGCCCAUUAGGCAGACUCUCCCGGAGGACAAUGAGGAGCCCCCAGCUCUGCCCCCUAGGACUCUGGAAGGCCUCCAGGUGGAGGAAGAGCCAGUGUACGAAGCAGAGCCUGAGCCCGAGCCUGAGAAUGACUAUGAGGAUGUUGAGGAGAUGGACAGGCAUGAACAGGAGGAUGAACAAGAGGGGGACUAUGAGGAGGUGCUUGAGCCUGAAGAUUCUUCUUUUUCUUCUGCUCUGGCUGGAUCAUCAGGCUGCCCGGCUGGGGCUGGGACUCUAGGGAUCUCAGCUGUGGCUCUAUAUGAUUACCAAGGAGAGGGAAGUGAUGAGCUUUCCUUUGAUCCGGACGAUGUAAUCACUGACAUUGAGAUGGUGGACGAGGGCUGGUGGCGGGGACGUUGCCAUGGCCACUUUGGACUCUUCCCUGCAAAUUAUGUCAAGCUUCUGGAGUGACUAGAGCUCACUGUCUACUGCAACUGUGAUUUCCCAUGUCCAAAGUGGCUCUGCCUCCACCCCCUCCCUAUUCCUGCUGCAAAUGUCUAACCAGAUGAGGUUCUGGACAGACUUCCCUCUCCAGCUUCAUUAAGGGCUUGGGACAGAGACAGCAUGGGGAAGGAGGUCCCCUUCCCCAGGAGUCCUCUCUAUCCUGGGUGAGCUCAUGGACAUUUCUCUUGUGUUCCUGCCUCCUUCCCCAUGAACACCUCUCUGCCACCCCAAGCUCUGCUCUCCUCCUCUGUGAGCUCUGGGCUUCCCGGUUUGUUUACCCGGGAAAGUACGUCUAGAUCGUGUGGUUUGCCUGAUUGUGCUAUUUGCCCACUUUCCUUCCCUGAAGAAAUAUCUCUGAACCGUCUUUCUGUUCAGUCCUAAAAUUCGAAAUAAAGCGAGACUAUGGUUCACCCGUA